GUAGAAGCUGUCAUCUGUAGACAUUGUAACUUGCUUACGAAAUAGGGCGCAUUAUCUUUAGAAUUGACAUAUAUAUAAGUUUGUUGCAUAAGUAAAAAUGGCGAGUCGCAUUGUUGCUUCUGCUGCCGUGAAAGCAGUAAAAGGAAGACGGCCUAUACAGUCUAGGGCUGCUUUAGUUUUGACACCUGCAGCUGUUAACAAAAUAAAAGAGAUCUUAGCUCAGAAUGCGAACUGUAUUGGACUCAAAGUUGGGGUCCGUCAAAGAGGAUGUAAUGGCCUCAGCUACACAUUAGACUAUGCAGUAGAAAAAGGGAAAUUAGAUGAAGAGGUGGUUCAAGAUGGAGUUCGGGUUAUCAUCGACAGGAAGGCCCAGCUGACGCUCCUGGGCACAGAGAUGGAUUAUGUGGAAACAAAACUGUCGUCUGAAUUUGUUUUCAAUAACCCAAAUAUUAAAGGAACAUGCGGCUGUGGUGAAAGCUUUUCAGUUUGACAGUUUGGAUCGAGAAGAUUAAACAAGAAUGUCAAUUGUCUCGGUUCGUCUUUGCUCAUACAAAACUCCACCCCACGUCAACAAAUGUCCACGAGACUUAAUAUUUGUGGCAUGAAACAUUACAUAUUUAUACGUGCUGAUGAAAUUUAGUGUUGACGCAAUUAGCGAAAGUUCAAAAUCUUUUCGGAUUAUCAUAUUCUCGAAUUAGGGUUAUCAUAUUAUUUUAAUAAAGUUAAUUUAGAGAUAAGUUCAGAAACGUAUGCCCAUAAGCGUUUUCAGCAUAAAGUGCGUAGUACAAAUAUUGUAAUAUUAUAUAUUUAUUUUGCAUACAGAUAUGAUAAGACAGUACAUUGGCAUUAACACAUUGCAUAUCGGUCUUAUAAAAAUUGAAGUAUCCAAUUUCUGGAGCAUUUAAUGCUACUCAAAAUCUGAAGCGGCAUUUUAAAC